AUUAUUCAAAAUUUGCAUUAUUGUUUUGAUUGAAAUGAUAACAAAAACUAUAUUUUUGAUACUAUUUAUUAUUGGAACAUUUGGUUAUGAUGAACGGAAUUCGGAAAUUAAAAAUUCAGUUGACCUGAAUGGUAUGUUAGAUAAUUAUUAUUCAUGGAAUGAUCCGGCUAAAAUUAUAAAAUUAGCCAAGAUUUUUAAUCAAUGGAAAUUUAAUCCUAAUGAAUUGGGAUUAGAUCAGUUGGAGCACGUAAAAAAUAAUGGAUACCCAGCUGAGAAUCAUAUAGUGAAAACAGAAGAUGGUUAUUUGUUAACUUUAUUGCGUAUUCCACGCGGAAUAAACCAAGAAAAAAUAGAGGGUAAUCGACCUGUAGUGUAUUUACAGCCAGGGCUUCUUUCCACUGCUGGAGCGUAUAUUGAUACUGGUUCCAAACGAGCCCUUGCAUUUUUAUUAGCUGAUUUGGGUUUCGAUGUUUGGAUAGCAAAUCCUAGAGGAACUACCUACUCCAGAAAUCAUACCACAUACAACUCCUUGAAAGACAAGAAAUAUUGGCAAUUCAGUUGGCAUGAAGUUGGCUCAAUCGAUAUCCCAAAUACUAUUGACUACAUAUUAGCAAAAACUGGUCAAAAACAAAUAAACUACAUUGGACAUUCACAAGGAACUACCACGUUGUUCGUAAUGCUAUCAGAAAAACCUGAAUAUAAUGAAAAAGUUAAAGUGGCAUUGGCUUUGGCCCCAGUGGCAUUCAUGGAAAAUGCAUCACCUGAUAACAAAACAUUUUCAAUGCUCAAUUUUGUUAAAUUUGCUAAACCAGUAGCUGUAUACUUAAAAGCUAGGAAGAUAUAUGAUCUUUUGCCUCAUAACGGCGAUAUGGUUUCUAAUAUUACCAAAAGGUGUAAUUACAACACAACUGAUGAUUUAAAUUUCUGUGAAAAUUUAUGGAAUUCCUUUGAUAGUUUUAAUCCUGAACAAAAUGAUGCGAGAGAUCUUGGCGUUAUGUUAACUCAUUGUCCCGGUGGAUGCUCUGUAAAUCAAUUAUUACAUUAUACUCAACAAAUUGAAAAAGGUGGUUUUAAGAAAUUUGAUUUUGGGAAAAGAUACAAUAAACAAAUUUAUGGUCAAACUACACCUCCUGCUUAUAAUUUAUCAAAUAUAAAAGCUCCAGUUUAUCUUCUGUACGGUGAUGCAGAUAAUCUAGCGACUCCAGAAGAUGUUAAAAUAUUACAUAAUUUGCUACCAAAUUCAACUUUAUUCCGAGUCAAUUAUCCCAAGUUCAAACAUACUGACUUUCUUUAUGCCAAAGAUGUUAUUUCUCUACUUUAUAAUUAUUUUUGA